UUUUCUUUUAUCGUUCAAUACGAUAUUGCGCUUGAAUGCAUGCAUGCUUGCCCGUCAAUUUAAUCACAGAUUGCAUUUUUUGAUUAUUUGGCAUCAAUAAUCGAUAAUGCCUGGAGAAAUCAUUACAUUACAAGUGGGACAAUGUGGUAACCAAGUCGGCUUUGAAUUUUGGAAAAAAUUAUGUUACGAACAUGGUAUCAAUUGUGAUGGACAAUUAGAACCAUUUGCCGAGAAAUCUGGUAUUGAAAGAAGAGAUGUAUUUUUUUAUGAAUCUGAUGAUAAACAUUAUAUACCUAGAUCCAUUCUAAUGGAUCUUGAGCCACGUGUUGUAAAUAGUAUUAUGAAUAGUAAAUAUUCAAAACUAUUCAACAAUGAAAACAUUUAUAUCUCAAAAAAUGGUGGUGGUGCUGGUAAUAUUUGGGCCUCUGGAUAUUCACAAGGAAAAUCAUUGAGUGAAGAAUUUUUCGAAAUCAUCGAAAGAGAAGCUGAAGGUGCUGAUUCUUUGGACGGUUUCAUUUUGUGCCAUUCAAUUGCUGGAGGUACUGGAUCGGGUAUGGGUUCCUAUGUGCUUGAAACCAUUCAAGACCGUUUUCCUAAAAAGAUUAUUCAAACAUACUCCGUAUUUCCCAGUCAAGAAGAAAGUAGCGACGUUGUUGUUGAGCCAUAUAAUUCACUACUUACAUUACGAAGAUUGACCGAAAAUGCAGAUUGUGUUGUCGUUCUGGAUAAUGCCGCUUUAUUUCGAAUUGCAGUGGAAAAAUUACACGUAGAAAAUCCCAACAUGUUACAAACAAAUUCAUUAGUUUCUACUAUCAUGUCAGCUUCGACUUCAACAUUGCGAUAUCCUUCUUUCAUGAAUAAUCGAUUAGCCGAAUUGAUCGUACCAUUGAUUCCUUUUCCUCAACUACAUUUUCUCAUGACUGGCUAUACACCAUUUACCACUGAAAAAGAAAAUCAUAGUGAAGUAACAUCUGUCCGUAAGACAACUGUCAUGGAUGUAAUGCGUCGAUUGCUUGAUGAUAAAAAUAUGAUGGUCUCCACACCAAUACAAACCAAAAACGAUAACCAUUGCUAUAUUUCAAUAUUGAAUAUUAUUCAAGGUGAAGCUGAUCCGGUUGAAGUCAACAAAAGUUUAGCUAGAAUUCGUGAAUCAAAGCGAAUCCCAUUUAUACAAUGGGGUCCGGCAAACAUUCAAGUAGCCCUUUCACGAAAAUCUCCAUACAUACAAACUUCAAAUAAAGUUUCAGGUUUACUAAUUGCCAAUCACACUUCGAUUGCUCAUCUAUUCGAACGGAUUGUAUCACAAUAUGACAAACUCAGGAAACGAGGAGCAUUUUUGGAUCGUUUCAAAAACGAGGAAAUUUUCUCACAAAAUCUGGAUGAAUUUGAUAAUUCUAGAGUUGUCGUUCAAGAAUUGAUUGAUGAAUAUAAUGCUGCCUCAAAAUCGAAUUAUCUUGAAUUGGCACUUUAUAAAUAACAAUCAUUAUUGUACCUCAAUAUUUUUUUUUGAAUAUCGUUUAAUUAAUCGAAAAAGAUUAAAAAAUUAAAAAUUA